CACAAUGCACAAAGAGUAUGGUAGCAUAAGAACUAUGCUCUCAAAUUAGGAUUCACAGAACAAGUUUAAUUGUUAAGUCAGAUAUAUAGAGAGCAGAGAUCAUUACUUUGAGUGAACAAUGAAGAUGAUUGCCACUCUUUUAUUUCCUUUGUUGAUUUGUUUGGCAUUGGAUUUCAGAGGGUACGCCUACCAAUACCGACCAUGGCAUAAUCAUCAAAAAACAAGGAUCCAUGAAGUCAACAGCGACAGUCAAAGAAACAAUAUCAAUGUUAGAGGUCACGCGAGUAUUGGCAAACGCAUUCUUCGCGCGGAAGGUAUUGACAGUGACAGACUACACAAAGGGUACCAUGGACCAUGGUAUAAUAUAGGAAAAACAAGGAUCCAUCAUAGCAAGGUCGACAGUCAAGGAAAUCAAGUCAAAUUUGAAGGUCACACGGACAAUAACAAUGGGAUCAUUAGCAAACGCAGUAUUCGAGAAGAUCCCUGAAGUACGUUCAGUUAGCUACUCGUAAGAUUUUGUCAUGGGCAACAAACAUUUAUUGACAUAUUUGAAUAGAAAUUACAAACUUGCAAUGUUUAUUUAAUUAGUUUCUUUUUGCACUCUAUGACAAGUUCAUUAAAAAUGGUAAACUUUGAUGUAAAGUAAAACUCUUAUUGCAAUGAAUAUAUCAUUUGUGAAAAUGCAAA